CAGGCUCUCUCUCUCUCUCUUUCUCUUGGACUGAGAGCAUCAGUUUUAUAAUUUAUAAUUGUUGGAUGUUUUUUUCCUUGUACAGCGAUGAUUACGAAGAGGAUGGUUGGAUGGCGAAAGCUGUUUGUGAUACUCACAGUGCUGCCCUGCUGCAGGAGCUUACAGGUGUCUAUUCCAGAGAGUGAAUACACGGUAACAAGUGGAAGCGACGUUACCUUGACCUGUUCCUUCAUCCCGGCCAAACCAGGCUUCACCACAAUCGUCGUCAAAUGGGAUGCUGACCCGGACAAUAUUGAUAAUCCAAUGGAAUCCGUGGGCACCUACUUUAUGAAUAAUCCGGUCGACAUUGCACCGGCCUAUGAAGGCAGAGCGACUCUGGAGGUUGACCUCAGCAGACAUGUGAGCACACUCACCUUAACCAAGGUGACCGUGAUUGAUAGCCGCCGUUUCCAGUGCAGCGUCAUGAUCCCCAAUGACGAUGAGGGAACAACAGCUGCCUCCACUUCCCUUUUGGUCCUGGUGCCUCCCUCCCCACCGAUCUGCAGCCUUCAGGGAAAGGCAGAGUACUGGCACGACAUCGCCCUCACCUGCAGGUCUGAGGAGGGAUCCCCGAAACCUGUCUAUGAAUGGAAGAGCUUAAGUGUUGAAAACAUUCCCAGACAAUUUCCCCCGAAGACAGCUGAAAAGGAAGGAGUUCUGUCCCUCUUCAAUAUUUCGAGAGAGAUGUCGGGGUUCUACAUUUGCACAUCAACAAAUCAAGUCGGUUCUGCAGCCUGCAACUUUACCCUAGCUGUGGUGCCUGGCAGCAUGAAUGAGGCGUCCAUUGCAGGUAUAGUUGGAGGACUCCUUGCAGGUCUCCUGCUUCUGGCGUUUAUCGUCUUCUGUUGUUGCCGCAAGAAGGGCAAAAAGGACGAAUAUGCCGGGGGUGCUCCUGGAGAAAUGGAGUUUUAUGACGGAGAUGCUCCUGAAGCCGGAGAGCCGUACCUGGAUUCCAAGUCAAGAAGCGAGACAAAGCAGUAUAAACCAACUGAAGACAAAGACGCUGCUCCACAAAACAAUCGUAUCGUAGUGAUGACUGGGCACAAGUUGGAGGAUGAUCAACACAGUUAUAGUAGUAGUAAAGUAACGGAUGGCGGCAAGGGCAGUGACAUUGAUACUCGACGUUACCGGGACGAUCAGCGCGAUCGCUACGGUGGCAGUCGCGAUCGCCUCGAUGAUAAAGCCAAGUAUCAUAGUGGAAGUCGCGAUCGCCUCGAUGAUAAAGCCAAGUAUCAUAGUGGAAGUCGCGAGAGGCUCGAUGACCAACGUGAUCGUUCCCGGGGCAGCCGCGAUCGACUUGACGAACAACGCCGGGGCAGCCACGAUCGACUUGACGAUCAACGCGAUCAUUACCGGGGCAGCCGCGAUCGACUUGACGAUCAAUAUCGUGGCAGCCGCGAUCGACUUGACGAUCAACGCGAUCACUACCGUGGCAGUCGGGAUCGUCUCGAUUACGGUCAUGAUGAAUAAUCAUAGGGAUAACCUUGUGUUACUGAAUGCACUUAUAAUUAUUUUGAUGUGCACAUGGCUUGGUAGCUAAAAUGCCCACUCAGAAAGAGCAGUAAAAUGUAUUUGCACAUUCUCGCCAAUGCCAUAGAUUCUACUUUAAGAAGCCAUUCGUAGCUUUAAUUAAAACAGACAUUGUGCUUGACCAAUAUUAUUCAUCAAACCUGACAUGACCCUUGAUGUGAUGGACAGCACUGAAUUUAUCAAGACAUGAGGAAAAUAUAGUCGUUAGCAAGAUUUGCAUGAAUCAAAUUAACUUGACCCUGCACACCAGUCACAGUGUGCUUAUACACUUCAUCAGUUUAGUGUGACCUGAAUGAAACAACAUUUGAUUUAAAUUAGUAUUAACGGGUCCUGGAGAAUACCAUGAUACAGACGCCAAAAGAUGUUCGCCUGCGUUAAAAUUCAUUUACGAUUCCUGAAAGGAAGUGACGGCGCUGUUAACAUAUGUAUCACAUAUUUAAUUGGAAGAUCGUACCCAGAGGCGUUUUAAGAGUCUUUGGGGGCCCCAGGCGAAAAGGACGUGGGGGGGCCGACAUUGAACCAGGGGCCUUGUUAGGAGGUUUCCCACCAUGGUGUCGCUGCAGUCUUCUGUAAAUAGCUGAUCAUAGAAUUUAAAGGGGCUUCUCACAGGCAAUUGUCUGCUUUGCUGAACCCGUUGAAACUCCUCUGAUCUUACCUAAGGUUAAGCAGAGAAAAUUUUUCCUUUUUUAAGGAUGAUUUUUUUUUGCAUGAAUGUUGUGUUUGUGUGUUAUUUUAAAUGCCCAAAUCUCAGGAAAAGCAAGUUGGUCUUGAAACGCCACUAAAUCACUAAUACAUUUUUGCCCUGCACAUUUAGACCACCCGUCUAUUGCAGUUUUUUUGCGGCAUUGUUGUGAAAAUAUUGUCUCAGGGUGUUAUGGAUAUUCUUCUCACUCUACCAUGUAAACUCUGUACAUGAUCUUUGAUUUUAAGUGUGUGUUUAUGAUCAAAACUAAUGAUAUUUCACUUUUUACAAACUUUUUUAACGUGUGUGGCAAACGUGUUUGUAUAGCCACGAUUCGAUGAUGACAUUUUGUCUUUUGUAUUUUUUUUUUGACCUUUAUUUCUUCUGUAUAAUGAAUGAUUUUCAUGAAAUGUAAGAUUAUAUGAAGCUAAAUCAAAUCGAGUUCAAUAAAGAUAAGUAGGUGAGA